UUCAUUGUCCAUCAUCGGGGGUACAGGAAGCUUAGCUGCGGGCCUGCGGCUCCUCGAAUCAACGUUAAACCCCUUCACUCACUCACCGGGGAAUCCUCUCGAGCGUCUCAUGUGCAUCUAGAGACCUCCAAAAUGUUGAGAUGCAGAAAUCUAUUUUCUCCAACAAUAAGAAGGAAAAACAAAAAGAGCAAAAGCCGAAGCAGAAGCAAAACAGUUUCCAUUAAUCAAAAUCGUUUUUUCAAAAAUCAAGAGCCGCCACACUAUCUACAAGGAGAAGAUGAAGAGGAAGCGGAAGCGGAAGAAGAAAUUGAAGUGGGUUUCAGCCUCAAAAGCUCAGCUCGGUCACACUCUCAUGGGGUCCAGCCGCUGGGCAAUCUCUAUCUCAACCCUGGCUCCAUAAACUCGAGAAAUACAGGUCUAGGUAACCUACAAACCCUAACUGAUGAGCUUGUUCUUGAUAUUUUAGGGCUUUUGGAUGGAACCCACCUGGGGAUUUUGGCCACCGUCAGCAAAUCUUUUUAUGUUUUCACCAACCAUGAGCCCCUUUGGAGGAACCUUGUUUUGGAUACCCUAAAUGGUGGUUUUUUGUAUAAUGGGUCUUGGAAAUUUACUUAUGUUUCUGCUUAUGACCCUGAAUUUGAUAUGUCGAAUGCCAACAUUUCGUGUUUGAGAGUGAGGGAUUUCUAUUCUGACUAUCUCUUUCAGAGUUGGUUGUGUGCUAAUCUUGAAAUGAAACCAGAAUGGCUUGAAAGAGACAAUAUAAUUCGAAAGAAAGGUAUUACUGUGGAAGAAUUUGUGUCAAAUUUUGAGGAACCAAAUAAACCAGUAUUGUUUGAAGGGUGUAUAGAUAAUUGGGCUGCAUUGAAAAGAUGGGAUAGGGAUUACUUGGUUGAGGUGUGUGGUGAGGUUCAACUUUCGGUUGGCCCAGUGAAAUUGAAACUUGGGGACUAUUUUAGGUACUCUGAUCAAGUGAGGGAAGAGAGGCCAUUGUAUUUAUUUGAUCCAAAAUUUGCUGAGAAAGUUCCAGUGUUGGGUUCAGAUUAUGAAGUUCCACCGUACUUUAGAGAGGAUUUAUUCAGUGUUUUAGGCAAGGAGAGGCCGGAUUAUAGGUGGAUUAUAAUAGGACCUGCUGGGUCUGGUUCUUCAUUCCACAUUGAUCCUAAUUCAACUUCAGCUUGGAAUGCGGUGGUCAAGGGCUCUAAGAAGUGGAUUCUGUUCCCACCUGAUGUAGUUCCGCCUGGAGUACAUCCAAGCCCAGAUGGGGUGGAGGUGGCUUGCCCUGUUUCUAUAAUUGAAUGGUUCAUGAAUUUUUAUGGGGCCACGGAAAAUUGGAAGAAAAAGCCCAUUGAGUGCAUCUGCCAAGCUGGUGAGGUGAUCUUUGUGCCAAAUGGAUGGUGGCAUCUGGUGAUUAAUCUAGAGGAAUCUAUUGCAAUCACACAGAAUUAUGUUAGCAGGAGAAACUUGUUGAAUGUCUUGGAUUUUCUCAAGAGACCAAAUGCUAGCUCCCUUGUAUCGGGAACAAAAGACCGUAUCAAUUUGCAUGAGAAGUUCAAGAAUGCCAUUGAGGACUCUUUUCCUGGAACUAUUGACCAUUUGGUGCAGAAGGCCGAAGAGAAGACGGCAGCCCGAGAGAAGAAAGUUUCUUUCUGGGACACAGCAACAGAUUCCAAGGCCGGAGCUUUCAAGUUCUCUUUCUAAACAAAUAGCGAAGGAGGCAGUAACCUGAGGAUAAUGGAGAAGUGGUCAAGCAGAGUAUCGAAUUCUCUUUGGUCCUAACUAUACCCUUUUGUCACUUCCAGUUAUGGGAAUGAUUACAAAAAUUUUGGCUCCGAUUGAUUACCUUAACAUUGUUGUAUUUCUUAUUGAUCAUUCUGAAUAUCAAUAUGAUCAAGGCGUACAAGUGGUUUUUUCCUGGUUA